AUGGGUAUCUUCUCUCGCAAGGACAAGACUCCCCACGGGGAUAGGCACGAGUCCAAGAUGGGUCGUCGCCAGAAGGCUCACCACGAUCCUCUUCCCAUGUCUCGCAAGCCCUCUUUCGGACAGUGGAUCAAGCAUACAUGGUUCGACAUUGUCACCAUGGCUGUCAUGGGUGCUAUUGGCCUCGGUGUCUACUUUGCUAAGCCUGCUCCUAUGCGAUCCUUCCCCGUUACCUUCGACGACGGCGAGAUUGUCUGGCCCGAGUAUGGAUACCCUAUGCGAGGCGAGAUCGUUCCCAUCUGGGCUGCCGCCAUGCUUGCUGCGCUGGUCCCCAUCUUCAUCUUCGCUUGCAUGCAGAUCCGUAUCCGCAGCUUCUGGGACUUCAACAACGCUACUAUCGGUCUCCUCUACUCUCUUAUCACCGCCGCUGUCUUCCAGGUCUUCAUCAAGUGGCUCAUCGGUGGCUUCCGACCUCACUUCCUCGUUGUCUGCAAGCCUGAUAUGCAGCGUGCUCGUACCAUGGGUGGAUACAACAACAAGGGAUAUCUCGAGCUCUAUUUUACACCCGAUAUCUGCACUGGUGACAAGACUGAGAUCAACGAUGCUCUUGAGUCUAUGCCCAGUGGUCACACCACUGCUGCUUUUGCUGGCUUUGUUUACCUGUACCUGUACCUUAACGCCAAGCUCAAGGUCUUCUCCAACUACCACCCUUCCAUGUGGAAGCUUGUCGCUACCUACGCCCCUAUCCUCGGUGCUGUCCUGAUUGGUGGUGCCCUUACCAUCGACAAGUACCACCACUUCCACGAUGUCCUCGCUGGUGCCAUCAUUGGUACCGUCUUCGCUUUCUCUGCCUACCGAAUGACCUUUGCUUCCGUCUGGGACUUCCGCUUCAACCACAUUCCCCUCAACCGCCACGCUCCCUUCCAGUACAACAUGUCUGGUGCUGAGCUCGUCGAUGCUGUCUUUACUCACAAGGCUGGCUGGGGAACCCUCGGCGGUAGCUCUCACGGUUUGGGCCAUGGAAUGAAGGGUGACCACGCUGGACAUGGAAUGCACGGCAACGGUAUGCACGGCAACGGCAUGCACGGUACCAGUGGAUUCAACGAUGGUUCUGAGCACAUGCACGGAGCAGGUUACAACAACGGCUCCAUUCCCCGACGUCCUGUCGGCAACGAUGUUGGACACGAUGCUCGCGGUGAGCAAAUGGUUUAA